AUCUUACAGUAUGGACAGUAGCUCCCUGUAUUUCACGCAAAUAUUUAAAAGUUUAUUAUCUUGAUAUUGAAAAGACUAAGCACAUUGCUCUUGUCGUUGUUCAUAGAGGAAGUCCGUCAUCUUGGAGAAGCAGAAGUCAAUCUUCCGCUUCCAGUCUUCUUUCUCCAGGUUUGUUAACAGAAAUACAAGACUCCUUUCAGCAGGACAUGGUUUGUGGUCUUCUCUUUCUUUUUAAUCCAUGAGAUGUCUGGAGACAUAGUUUAUGCUGAUAUCAAAACUGUUAAGACUUCCCGUUUAGAGCAUUCAUCUCCACUUCAGAAACCUGAUUCUGACUACCAUGGAAUUUUUCUGAAAGCUGGAUGUGCAAUGAUCAUCAUCCUCUUGGUGACCGUAAUUGUGCUGAGCAUUUUUGUUAUCCAGUUCAACUAUGCAAGACAUAAUGAAGUGAAUAAUGAGUCAAUAAAGAAAAACUGUACUGGAAAAAAUGAAUCUAAAACAAUUACCUCAAAAGUUUCUUCCAACUCUCCCACUGUCCAUCAAUCAUGUCCCUGCCAAAGCUGGACACCACAUGGCGGGAAAUGUUACUGGAUUGCUGAAAAUGAGGAAUCUUGGGACAAAAGUCGAGAUAUCUGUGCCAUGAAAAAUUCACAUCUCUUUGUGAUUCAAGACAUCACUGAUAUGAGUUUCAUAUGGAGGCACUUAAAAAGUUCAACCUUUUAUUGGAUUGGUUUGACAUAUCUACCCGCAGAGACGUCAUGGAUUUGGGUGGACAACAGCUCAUUUAACCAAAAUAUGAGCCCUGGUGACUCAAUAGCUAAGCACUUGGCUGCUAACCUUUAUGUCAGCAGUUUGAAUCCAGCAGCUGCUCUGAGGAAGAAAGAUGUGGCAGUCCCCUUAAAGAUGACAAUUUUGGAAACUCUAUGGUCCAGGUCUACUCUCUCCUGUAGCAUAUGUAUGAGUUAGAAUUGACUUGACAAAGUUUUUUUGUUUGUUUGUUUUUUAAAUAUAUAUAUGCAUCUCUAAUACUCAUUAACUAUUCUUUCAACACUUUAAAUAUUUCACUUUGCUGUCUUUUUCUUUCAUUUGGAAAAUAAAUCCAAUAUAAUCUUUACACUUAUGCCUCUAUAGGUAAGGUGUUUCUUUCCUUUUGCUUCUUUCAAGGUUGUCUCUUUGUCUUUGAUUUUCUGCUGUUUGAAAUCAAUACAACUAAAUUUUUUGGUAUUUGUCCUGCUCGGCAUUCUCUGAGCUUUCUGAAUCCUUGUUUUUGGUAUCUGUCAUUACAUUUGGAAAAUCUUCAGCCGUUCAAAAAUUUUUAUUUCUUUCCUUCUUUCUUCUCCUUCUGAUAUUCCCAUUACAUGUAUGUUACACAUUUGGUAAUCAUCCAACAGUUCUUAGAUAUCCUGUUCCAGUUUUUUUGGUUUGUUUUUCCUUUGUUUUUCACCUUGGGAAGUUUCAAUUGACACAUCUUCAAGAUCACUGAUUCUUUCCUUGGCUGUGUCCAGUUUACUGAUGAGCCUGUCAAAGGCAUUCUUCAUUUCUGUUACAAUGUCUUUGAUUUCUCACAUUUGCUUUUAAUCGUUUUUUAGAGUUUCAGUCUCUCUGCUUACAUUACCCAUCUGUUCUUGCAUGUUGUCCAUUUUUUCCAUUAGAAUGUUUAGCAUAUUAACCAUAGUUAUUUUAAAUUCCCGAUCUGAUCAUUCCAAGUCUCUUCGGACUGUGUUUUUUCUUGCCUUUUAGCAUGCCUUGAAAUUCUUGUUGAAAGUUAAACAUGAUGUGUUGGGUAAAAGGAACCGAGGUAAAUAGGCAUGAGCUUUCAUGUUUAUCUGGCAAGGAGUUAGGCUUUGUUUACUGUUUGCUGUAGCUGUAGGUGUCAUAUUAAAAUUUUCUGCGGUGUCCUUAUUUUUGCUUCCCCUCUUGUCUUCGGGUUUCUCUAAAGAUUCCUUAAAUAGAGUACGAGCCUUAUAGUUCUCUUCAUCUCUAAUGUCCUGUUAUUACUAUAGAGAAGUCCUACUGAUAUGAUGGUGAGAUGUGGAAAGAGGGGAAGUGUUCUAUGAACCUACGAUUAGAUCUUAGUCUUUUAGUGAGUGUGUGCCUCUGGGCUGAAAACUUCAAAGUACUUCUCAGCUUUGUUUAUUUGUUUGCUUGUUUGUUUUUACCUCUUAGGUGAGACUGGAAGAAUAGAGAGGCUGCAGUUAUUUACCUUCCUCCACAUUCAACACUAAAGGGGGAUGGAGUUGGUUAUUUCCCUUCACCCUCAUGGAAAGCUAGAGGGGUUUGCAGCUGAGUAUUUCACUUCACUUCCCCACACACGUUCAAACCAAAAAAAAAAAAAACUUUUGCACUCAAUUCUGACUUGUAGUGAUCCUAUACGACAAAGUAGAACUGCCCCAUAGGGUUUCCAAGGAGCUGCUGGUGGAUUCAAACUGCCGUCUUUUUGGUUAUUAGCUGUAGCUCUUAACCACUACACCACCACAGCUCCCUACAUAGGUUAAAAACCAAAAAACCAAACCUAUUGCCAUGGAAUCAAUUAUGCUCUGGGCAUUUUUCAAAAUGGUUACUUUUCUCUUCACCUGUCAGAAGUAUGAGGGGAUAUUUCUCCAAUCUUCACAGUAAAAACCUGGUGGUAAAACUCACAGAAGUGUGGGUACCCCUCUAAGGCUAGACCUCCAGGAGUUUUACUCUCUCAAGCCAGUCCACACUCAGUCUCCAAUAAUUAGUCAAUUACCCUUUGAAUAUUCCUACCUGAUGCUGGGACCAGACAGGGUUUCUGUUUCUGCCCCUUGUCUCUAGGCAUUGUUCAGGGUGGUAGCUUACCCUGUGACCUAAAUUCUCUAAUGAAUCUAAGAGUUGUUGACUUUAACUUUUCAGCUUUUUUCUUGUAUGAAUGGAAGUGACA